AUGGCGACUAUACCAGUUGUCGUAAAACAUCAAGGCAAACGUCACAACGUUGAACUUGACCCGAGCUCCAAUGGCGAGACUUUCAAAUACCAACUUUACUCGCUCACCGGUGUGGAGCCUGAUCGCCAAAAGAUUCUGGUCAAGGGAGGACAACUGAAAGAUGAUACCGAUCUGUCUACUCUCGGCAUCAAACCCGGCCAUACUUUCCUUAUGAUGGGUUCGGCUGCAAGCGGGGACAAGGGCGAAUUAGAAAGACCCAAGGAGCCUGUACGGUUCCUUGAGGAUAUGACAGAAGCCGAGGCUGCAAGAGCUGAAGGCGCUACUCCUGCGGGUCUGCAAAAUCUAGGCAAUACGUGCUACUUAAAUUCGACCCUCCAGACUUUGCGAUCGGUGCCAGAACUACAGGAAGAAUUAUCCAAAUACAAGCCCUCUUCCUCUGGUUCCGCAGCCGGAUCAUCUCUGCUCGGAGAACUUGGCCAGUUUGGCUUGGGCGGCCUCGGCUCUUCGAUGGAUCUUACAGCAUGCUUAAGAGAUCUUUAUAAGCAGAUGUCAGAGACACAGGAAGGGUUCCCUCCCCUCAUGUUUCUCAACGCCUUACGAUCCGCUUUUCCACAGUUUGCGCAGAAAUCCCGAACAGGGAGUGGAUAUGCACAGCAAGAUGCGGAGGAGGCCUGGUCGCAGAUCGUCUCUCAGCUACGUCAGAAGCUUAAGGUCAAAGAUAGCUCUCCUCAGCUCGGACAGGCCGGAGACGCUAGUGAUGAAACCUCCUUUGUCGACAAAUACAUGUCAGGCAAGUUUGAAUCGGUUCUAAAAUGCGACGAAUCCGCCGCCGCAGACGUUGGAGAGGAACCUGUGAAAACCGAAGAUUUCUUCCUCAAGCUUGAUUGCCACAUAAGCGCCCAAGUUAAUCAUCUGCGGGAUGGCAUAUCAGCUGGCCUUGAGGAGAAGAUUGAGAAAAUGUCGCCAACACUCGGUCGAAACGCUGUAUAUACCAAGACUUCACGCAUCUCUCGGUUACCAAAAUACCUCACGGUACACUUUGUGAGAUUCUUCUGGAAGAGGGACGCUCAGAAAAAGGCCAAAAUAAUGAGGAAAGUCACGUUUCCGCAGGAGCUGGAUGCUGUGGAGUUUUGCACAGAUGAAUUGAAGCAGGCUCUUAUCCCGGUCCGUGACAAGGUACGGGAAGUUGGGAAAGAAGAGGAAGAUAAUGAGAGACAAAGGAAGCGACAGAAGCGAAUGGAAAGAGCGGAGGGAUCCGACAGGAGUAGGGAACUCAAGGCAAAGGGACCUGCAGAUGAGCGCCAGCUUUCUGAGGAGAAGAAAGCCUCCAGUGGCGGUGAUUCUGAAAUGGCGGACAUCGCUUACAAGACUGACGCAGAAAUAGAAGCGGAGCGCGCAGCUUCUAUCUUAGCCGCGAAGAAGGAACUUCUGCAACUGGUCAACUCCCAGCCGAAUCAGGAUGAGGGUCCUAACAGAUCUGGACUUUAUGAGCUGCGUGGUGUCAUCACACAUCAGGGAGCCAGUGCAGACAGUGGACAUUACACCUCUUACGUGAAAAAGGACGGACCUCAGGACCCGAAGACCGGAAAACGAAAGGAGGCGGACGGUAAAUGGUGGUGGUUCAACGACGAUAAGGUAUCAGAGGUUGAUUACGAUAAAAUCGAGACUCUUGCUGGCGGAGGCGAGAGUCACUCUGCACUCAUACUCCUUUACAGGGCCAUUGAGCUUCCGUCUCCCGAAGACGUCCAGGGUUGA